AUGCCCAUUGUAAGAUACCCCCAGGCUACCGAGCCUCUCUGGCACGAAUGGGACAGGAAAGCCCAGAAGUGUGGGUUAAGACACACGGUCUACGCUGCGAACGGGGAUAAGUACACCGGAGAAUGGCUGGACAACUUGAAACACGGUAAAGGCACCCAGGUAUGGAGACGCACCGGAGCGAUUUACAGCGGUGACUGGAGGUUCGGCAGACGGGAUGGUUAUGGCUCCUACAGCAUUCCCGACCCCGGCACCAAGGAACACAAGAAGGUGUAUACAGGAUGGUGGAAAAAUGACCGACAAUGUGGCUACGGCGCCAUGUCCUACCCCGACGGGGAGCGCUACGAGGGCAAGUGGAGCGGCGGGCUGCGG